AUCAAUCACUGCACCUACUACUACCUCUCUAUUAACCUUUUUAGGUCACCUGGACUGGGUUUUUUCCUCACUUAUUCUUUUUCUCAGAUUUGUCAUUUCCUUUAUUUGGCCUAUUGUUGACUUACUUGUGCUUCUCCUCUUCACUCCACCACAACAAACUACUGCUUUCUGGGGUUUUUCCUAUUCUGUGUUGAGAUGGUGAGAGGGAAGACUCAGAUGAGGCGUAUAGAGAACGCCACAAGCAGGCAAGUCACCUUCUCCAAACGCAGAAAUGGGCUGCUAAAGAAAGCAUUCGAACUUUCAGUUCUCUGCGACGCCGAGGUUGCUCUUAUCAUCUUCUCUCCUAGGGGAAAGCUCUAUGAAUUCGCCAGUUCAAGCAUGCAGGAGACAAUAGAACGCUAUCAGAGGCACAAGAAAGAUGUUCGAACUGUCAACACAUUAAUGGAACAAAACAUGCAGCAUUUGCAGCACGAGGCAGCAAACAUGGCAAAGAAGAUAGAGCAUCUCGAAGUUUCAAAACGGAGACUCUUGGGAGAAUGCCUAAGCUCGUGCACCCUUCAAGACCUGCAACAGAUUGAACAGCAGUUGGAGCGGAGCGUAACCAAGAUUCGCGCAAGAAAGGUGCAAGUAUACAAGGAACAGAUUGAGCAGCUAAAAGAAAAGGAGAAAGUCCUAGAAGCUGAAAAUGCAAUGCUUUGUGAGAAGUACGUGCGCCAACCACAGGAAGGAUCGAAUGAAGAUAGAGAAAACACCUGCACAGAGGGUAGUGAUAAGUCAGAUGUGGAGACUGAAUUAUUCAUUGGUCCACCAGAAGGGAGAAUUAAGCGUACUCCAUCAAAGUAAUUGAUAAUAAUGCAGACCACUUGUGUAUGUCUGCAAUUUAUUUUUAAUGGUAGUAUUUAUCAUCAAUUUUCUAUGUGUAUUGCCAAAUAGGUGCCUAUAAUAAACAAUUUUGCACUCACGCAACCAUAAAAUAAUAGUGAGUGUAACAUUCUGUUUAUUCUAAAUAUGCAUUAAAGAGAUGAUUAAAAAAUACUACUUACUACAUUGUGGUUCUAUUCCUUAAUUUUCUUUUGUAUAGAAGACCUUUCUACUGAAAUGCUGCAAAUUUAAUGUAUAUAUCGAAUGUGCGGUUUAUGUU